AUGGGUGCGCUUCUUUCCCUCCCGCUUAUGGCGGUGCCUAGCAUCACUACGAUAAUUGGCUUUGGCGCAAGCUGCUGCGGAGCGGCAACAUGCUCCAUGGUCUGCAGCGCCUGCGGCAAGUGUGGCAACAGUGUCGCAACCCGUAUCGCCUACGCCCUCAUCCUUCUCGUCAACUCGAUCGUCGCCUGGAUCAUGCUCACGCCAUGGGCCAUUGAAAAGCUGCAGCACCUCAUGCUCGAUUACGUCAAGAUCAACUGCCCCAACGGCGAAUGCUAUGGCUGGCUCGCCGUGCACCGCAUCAACUUUGCCCUCGGCGUGUUCCAUCUGGUUCUCGCCGGUCUGCUUUUUGGCGUCGCCUCCUCCAAGGAGCCACGCGCGGCCAUCCAAAACGGCUACUGGGGCCCCAAGGUCAUCGCCUGGGUCGCCUUUAUCGUCAUGUCCUUCCUCAUCCCCGACGAGUUCUUCAUGUUCUGGGGCAACUACAUUGCGCUCAUCGGCGCCAUGCUGUUCCUGCUGCUCGGCCUCAUCCUCCUCGUGGACCUGGCGCACGGCUGGGCCGAGUACUGCCUCGCGCAGAUUGAAGAGACGGACUCGCGGCUGUGGCGCACCGUCCUCAUCGGCUCCACGCUCAGCAUGUACGCGGCCUCGCUCGCCAUGACAAUUGUGCAGUACAUCUUCUUUGCCGGGUCCGGCUGCUCCAUGAACCAGGCCGUCAUCACCAUCAACCUCGUCUUCUGGCUCAUCAUCUCCAUCAUCUCCGUCAACCCCACCAUCCAGGAGCACAACCCCAAGGCCGGCCUUGCGCAGGCCGCCAUGGUCGCCGUCUACUGUACCUACCUCACCAUGUCGGCCGUCUCCAUGGAGCCCGACGACAAGCAGUGCAACCCGCUACUCCGCGGCCGCGCCACCCGCCGCACCUCGGUCGUCGUCGGCGCCAUCGUCACCAUGCUCACCAUUGCCUACACCACGACCCGCGCCGCCACCCAGAACCUCGGCCUCGGCGGCGCCGGCGGCAACAGCAUCCGCCUGCCUGACGACGACGAGCACGACCUCGUCACGCAACAGCCCGGUGGCCGACGCGAGAUGCGCGCCGAAGCACUCCGCCGUGCCGUCGAGGAGGGCAGCCUCCCCGCUGACGCUCUCCUUUCCGACGACGACGACAGCGAGGCCGGCAACGCCGCCGCGCACGACGAUGAGCGCACCCGCACGCAGUACAACUACUCCAUGUUCCACAUCAUCUUCUUCCUCGCGACGACGUGGGUCUCGCUCCUGCUCACCCUCAGCCACGAGACGGCCGUCGACCCCAACAGCGACUUUGCCAGCGUCGGACGCACCUACGCCGCCAGCUGGAUCAAGAUUGUGAGUGCCUGGCUGUGCCACGGCAUCUACAUCUGGAGUCUGGUUGCGCCUGUCGUUCUCCCCGAGCGAUUCGACUUUUCCUAA